UUCCCCGACGAAGGGAGAGGCGAGAAGUCGAGAACUCCGUGGAAACUCGGAACAGCGGAAGCGGCGGCGGCGGCGGGGAGAAGAGCAGAGGGAGCAAGGAGACGCACCACUAGCGACUCCACUCACAGCCAUGGCGCUGCUGAUGGAUCCCGGAGCGGGACCCCUGACGGAGAGCGAGAAGGCCGACCUGGACGCCAUCGCCGCCAUCAAGGAGUCGGCGGCGGUCGAGUACAAGGAGAAGGGCAACCAGUUCGUCAGGAUGGGGCGGAAGCACUACGCCGACGCCGUCGACUGCUACACGAAGGCCAUCGCCCAGAUGGAGCCGCUUCCCCCGGGCCCAGCCCCCGACGCCUCCGUCCUCUUCGCCAAUCGCGCCCACGUCAAUCUCCUCCUCGGCAACCACCGCCGCGCCCUCGACGACGCCGACCGGGCCAUCCAGCUCUCCUCCUCCAACGUCAAGGCGUACUACCGGGCGGCGAAAGCGGCGCUUGCUCUCAGCUUGCUGCCCGAGGCGGCGUCCUUCUGUCGGCGGGGUCUCGAGCAGGACCCGGCUAACGAGGAGCUUAAGAAAUUGCUCGCGCAAGUGGAUGCGCAGCAGAGUGAGCAGGAUCGCCAAAGGGCCAAGGUUGCACAGGCCGUCUCCUCUGCAAAGGAUCUUGUUGCCGCUAUAGAGAAGAGAGGUUUGACGCUUGGGAAGGCAGUAUUUCAAGAACUCACCGGGGUAAAGAAGCCGAAGCUGGAUAAGCAGUGCGUGCUUCACUGGCCAGUUCUUCUGCUCUACCCAGAGGUCAUGUCGAGUGACUUCAUUGAGGAUUUUCCGGAGACAGAUACUUUUGUGCCCCAUCUCGAUGUCAUGUUUGCAGAAAGUUCUCCACCAUUACCAUGGGAUGAUAACCACGCUUACACAAGGGACGCUAUUGAGUUAUAUUAUCAGGCUGGCACUGGCGCAGUUCUGUCCAGGAGUGAAAUAUUGAAAUUUAUUCUGGAAGGCACUGUGGAUUCAAAGUCACUUCCUGAAGGUCUACUUGACGAGGAGGAUGGAGAAAAUGACGUUGGCAAGAGCAGCACCGUUACAUCGUCAGGUGAGGGUUCUGUUAAGUGGAUGAAAGUAAAGGAAGGAAAAACUCUUCAAGAAGUGCUGCAGCAUAAAGACUUCGUCGUCCCUGCAAUUCCUGUGUUCUUUGUUGUUUCAAGAAAAUCCAAGUUUUAUGUAGAGUUCAAAGCAGGAAAUUGGUCUCUGCCAUAGUGCCGAGCACUGUUCAGGUUGACACAUUUGGACGAUGGUUAGGGUAUGAAUACGAUCGGAGAAGAAAAGCUGGCCACUUGUCAUCUGGUUUUAGAUGUUUGCUUUAUAGAAUGGGGUGUGCUCCUUUUCAGGAUUUGGUACAAUUCUGAAGUUCUUUCGCACCCUUUUUCUUGAGAUGGUUCAGUGUUGCGUUUCUGAAAAAAUGUAUUGGAAAAUGUAGUAGUGACUGCCGUUGGUUCAUUAAUCUUUUAGCAUUUGGCUCAGUGAUGAUAUCUUGCACCUCACUUCCACCAACCAAUUUUAGCAGCAUCCUUUUCUUGUCUGACGCCCUGUGUGAACUGUAAGAUUCAACUUUCAGGUUCUCUCAGUUGAGUAGAGUCGAAUCCGGGGUACUUUCCCACAGGUGCGAUUUUCGGAUCAGGACAAUCGUUGAUGAUUCUUUUGGUUGAUUUGUGAGACUG